GGCUUUAUUAUUAUAAGUUUAGAAGUUGUCCCGUGCAGAAUGUUCUCACAAAAUGGGAAGGAGUGAUACCUCAUUGCACAUCAGCAGUCGCUUUCGUACAGUUUCCCUGCAAUAAUAGGCUGUUAGUGCAGUUAGCUGUUCCGUCUAGAAUAGGGGGACUUCACAGGACCCCUUCAGCCCCUCUGGGUCCCCCUGGUCUCAGAUGUAGGGGCGGCAGUGAGCAGUUAGGUAAAGCAGGCUUGUUUUCUCAAACGAUCUUCGCGGAUCCGCCCAGGAGGAAGUGGCAGAGACACGGAGAGGAGACACGGGCUCCAGUGGAACAUUAACUGUUAUCAACUCGCCAAAAAAAAAGUUGUGAAAUACUUGAAGUUAGACACCGUGGGUAGUUAUGCUAAGCCGUGUGGACUUACUGUGUCCCCCGUGACCGGACAGAGAGGCUGCCGUGGACGUUGGCGGGUCCCUUCGUGGAGUUAACAUGGGGAUGAAUGGCGGGGUUUUACCUCUGUUGGUGUAAUGUACAACGAGGGGAAAAGUGAGGUUUUCGACGACAGGUUUAAACUAACUGGACUCACUCGACUACUGGGCUAAAAACCGCUUUGUGUUUUCGUGAAGUAACUCUAACAGCUGACUUUCUUCUCUUAAAUUUGCCUUCUGCGGAUUCAAUCAUGACGCCUGACCUCCUGAACUUCAAAAAGGGAUGGAUGUCGAAACUGGACGACAGUGGUGAGUGGAAGAAGCAUUGGUUUGUUUUGACUGAUGCUGGACUCAAGUACUAUAGAGACUCGAGUGCAGAGGAGAAAGAUGACUUGGAUGGAGAGAUUGACCUGAAAUCCUGUAUUAAGGUGUCUGAGUUAGACGUGGAAAAGAACUAUGGGUUUCAGAUACACACACGUGAGGCUGUGUUCACACUGUCUGCCAUGACGGCUGGGAUCAGGCGGAACUGGAUAGAGGUUUUAAAAAAGUGUGUUCGGCCCAGCAGCUCUCCAGAUGUCACACAAGUACCUGACAGCAGCAGUGACAAGGAAAACUCCCAUGUUCGCUCUGCACUCUCCUCUCGUCACUUAUCAUCACGCCACGGCGAUGCUCACUCAGAGCAUUCAACAUCAGCCCCAACCUCUCAGCGCAGAUUUGACUACGUUGAGCUAUCUCCUGUCCCCGCCUCCUCCAGCCCUCUCCCAGCCAGUCAGAGGGAAGCAGGUGAGGGCCAGGGGAGGGAGCACAGCCAAUGGCAGGAGGAGAAGAACACGACCAGCCAGUGGGAGGCUCUGCUGUCCAGGAAGGGCAGCGGAGGAGGAUCAAACCAAAGACUGCACAUGGACGAUGAAAUAGAGAGAAAAUGGGCUGAGUUUGAACGCAUGCAACUAAGGGGUAUGAGCUCCUUACCACCAAUGGGAUCACGGCCUUCCAACCAGUCAGCCAAUGAGGCGCUGCAGAGGGAGGUGGCGUCACUGAGGCAGCAGUUGGAGCAUCUACAGCACGGGGGAGGGGGAGGUGGAGGAGGAGGGGCUGGGGGUGGUUGUGGCCCUGAGGCGCCCUGUGGCCGCAGCCUGUUAGCGAUGGAACGAGCACAUCGACACGCGCUGGAGGAGCUCAAGAGGCAGCAUGAGCGUCAGGUCAAGGAGCUGGAGACGGACAAGGACAGGCUGCUGCUGGAGGAGACCCAGGCCACUGCACGAGUAAUUGACACAUUGAAGAAGAACCACAAAGAGGAGCUGGACAGAGAGGUGGAGAAAGUCAAGAGGCUAAACAGCGGGGUGCUAGACUCACAGACUUUGCGAGCCCAGCAACAGUCAGAAGCUGCAGCCCUGCAGAGAGAGCUGGCCGGUCUAUCCGAACACUACUCACAGAAGUGUCUGGAGCUGAACCGAGCUGAGCAGAACAACGCUGAGAGAGAGAGGGAGAUCAGCCGCAAGGAAAGAGACAUGGAGCAACUAAAGAAAGAAAACCAAGACUUAAAGAACCGCUUGACGGAUGAGAUCAGCCGAGUACGAUCUGCUGUUACACAUCAGGGCUCAGGGGACAACAAAGACAGGACACCCUGUGAACUAGAGGUUCUUCUGCGGGUGAAAGAAAAUGAGAUAGAGUAUUUACACAGGGAGAUCAGCUGUCUAAGGAACGAACUGCAGUUUCUGAACACGGAGAAACGUCUGGCCUGUGAACGAUACACAGAAGUGCAUGAAGAGCUGAGUGGGAUGAAAGGCCGGAGCGAGCGCGAGAUUCAGAGUCUGAAGGAGCACCUGAGGCUGGCCAUGGCUGCUCUGCAGGAGGGUCAAAAGCUGGGCAACAGCCUGGACCACUGAGAUCCUACCACUGGUACUAACAUCCCUCCAGACAUAGACAGGUAUUCCUGCGCCACAGUGACUGAACCACAGAGGGAUACAAAAGAGUAGACCAGAGGACAGUUGGACAGUUUUGGCUGUGUGCGGACCGUGAUAGUGCCUUAGAUUUCAAUCUUUCUGCCAAUGAGCAGCAUAGAUUAGCUGUUAGCUGGUUUCAUUACACUGGGCCACGAUAUGUAAAACUGCACUUUUUUUUAAACUUUUGCUUUGGUCAGUGCAAGCAUGUAUGAGUGUACAUUUGGUCUGAAAACUGGUUGUUGAGUGACAUUUGUUAUCAAAUAAUUUGAAAGAGUUCAUACUUUUUAAAAAAAAUAACUUUCUCAUUACCUCUGUGUCUACUGCCUGAGACAUCAGGGGUCAACAACAGUUACAGAAGAGCUACUGUCAUCUCAGUUUGCUAUGUUGUCCACCUUUUGAGUCAUGUUUACUCUAAAAAGGCACGUUUCUUUAGAAAUGGGAGCUUAUAAUGUGCAGUAAUUAUUUUUUUACUCAGACAUGUUUGUGUUAUGUGUUAUUGUCUUUGUAAAUAUGUGAAAUUCUGUCAAACAAUUUUGGGAUUAAUACAGGACUAGACAGCAUACAUUUAUAAUUCCUGAUAGGUUGAUGGGAAAGCUGAUGAUUUUAUGGAGGCAAAUUCAGGCUCAACUGUUUUUAGGGAUGCUUGUUAAAGCUGUUGAAUGACUGUCGUCCCAUUCCAUGUCUUUAUUUCAAAACCACAACAAAGAAACUGAAACUUCCAGUCUCCCCUCAUCAUUAUUGGCAUUUGUUUGCCUCCACCAUAACAAAUGAUAGGUGUUGCAUUGAUGAGCCAAUUUUUUAUUGUAUUGACAGUAUGUAUUGUGAUAAAAUGACUUAGCUACCUGCCUUUUGAAAACAUGUUAGUAUUUAAUGUACAUUUGAUGUACUGUAGACCUUGUAUCAUCUUUGUAAAUUAUUCACAUUUUUGCAGUCAAUAAAAUUUUAACAUAAAAAA